AUGUCCCUUAUCAGAUCAGGGGACUUUCGAGGGCUGCUGCAUGCUCUCGUUGAGUCCAAAGCGUUUCUAUUGCAAAGGCUCCUCAUCACAGUGUUCUGGUGUGCUCUUUAUGUACAUUUUACCAAGUACCUUUACAGAGACGAGGUUUGCGACCACGAUUCCUACGAGACAACGUUCAUACAUAAGCUGCUCGGCUACGGAUGGAGAUGCAAAUGGCUCACUGAUAGGAUACCGGACUGGCACGUCCCCAUGGAGAGGGUGUUUUUAUGGGUCGUCAAUCUUGACUUCUGCGUAUCGCUGAUUACAGCUAGGGAGAAGUUCAAGUGGCUGAAGCGACUCUCAACCAUAUUGGACAUCUUUACAAUGCCGCUUUUCAUGCUCGUGGUCCGAUGGGCUCUCGCCAUCGAUCCAGAAGAUUACCUCUCACUAUAUGGGUACACGAGGUUUAUGCGUCUCUAUGGGCUGCAUCGAACACUGGAACGCAUAGCAACAUCAACCUCUGAAAUCACGCUGAAGAUCAUAUCUAUCUCACUCGGAGUCCUCGGCAUCAUUUUCACUUUCUCUGGUGCUAUGUUCAACGAAGAGGCCCCCGCUGGCCUCAAAGGGGAGUUCACAGCGUUUUUCGAUUACGUUUACUUCUUUGUGGUCACCCUCUCGACUGUAGGCUAUGGUGACUUCGCCCCAG